UCGCUUCAAAUGUUCGACCCCCUCUACCCUUUCUUGUCACUGUCGGUAUGAUAGUGCGGGUGACGACGCCGUCGCGCCGAUUUGAACAUUCAGUUCAGUUGGUUCUGUGUGUGCGUUUAUUGCGCGUUACUGUGUUUGUUCCGUAUCGUGUUUUACUUUUGUGAGUUAAUAAACCAUUAGAAAAUUAUAUGUUUUGUGAGUUAUACUUCGUGUACACCACAAGUGCGCAGUUACUUUUGUUUAAUAUGUUGUGAGUUAUAAAAAAAAUAUAUAAUCAUCAAAAUGUGCGCCCGUCUAUAGUGCUCCAUCGUUCACGUCAAUGAUACCUCAGCAAUCCAUUGUUAUCCGGUAGUGUUAAACUGUUGGUGUUGGAUAUCGAUCUGAACGCAAUGGCCAAAGUUCCUGGGGAAAGUAAAAUUCCUGUAUUGAAUUCUGCUCCUUUGAGAUCUCGAUUUUCUAAUAUCUCAAACAAAGUUCGUUCUCAUUUCGAUGGAACUAUUCGAAAUUCAACUACAUCGUCAACUUUAUUUGGGAUUUUUAAUAAUGUCGAUAAUAAAUUACAACCACCUCCACCAAACCGUCCUUCAUCACUUUUUAAAUCAACAAGCCGCUGUUCAAUAACCGAAAAAGAUCUUGGUAGUUUUGUAGAGUUAACUCAACUCUCUAAAACUGGCAUCCUAAGAUAUUUUGGUAAAACUAUAUUAGGUCCAGGAGACUGGUGUGGCAUUGAAGUUGAAAGUGGUCAUGGAGUUUGUGAUGGAUCCAUAAGCGGUGUAAGAUAUUUUUCGUGUAAUGAUCAAUGUGCUCUAUUUGUACUGUCCCAUUUAGUACGACUAAUUGAUCAUAAGAAUAAUACUAAUGAUAAAUUAGAAGCCGAACUUAUGUAUGACGAUGGUUGUCCAGCCACACUAGCUAAUUGGGAACUUGAUUUUGGAAAAACUGAAUCCCCGUUUGAAGGUACUGAUAGCUUAGGUAUAUUGACGCCAGAUCAAAUGAUCGAAUUUAAAGGAGAUGAAGCUCACUAUGAAGUAGCGGGUCUUUUUUUUAAGAUGUCGCCUCAAAACCCCAUACCAGAAUGUAUUUGCGAGGGUGAUAUUAUUACGAGUGAUUUAGAAAUGAUAUCCAUGCCGAAAGAUGACGAUUUAAUAUCUCCGGUUCUAUCUUCAGAACCUUCGUUAAAUCAUACCGUAUCUGAACACGACAGCGCCAGUGCAUAUCCAAAACGUUCUACUGUUUCAUUUGGGCAUGUUUUUUACGAUAACGCCAUAAUUGAUCGAACUCCUUCUUUAGAAGAUUUACCUAUGGAUGAGUUUUCGUCAAAAACAACAACCGAAGUACCACUACUUACCAUUGCACCGAUUAAUAAUGUUAUUAAUAGUAUAACCAGCAUUGGAAGUCUUGAUACUGGAUACCAAGGUGAUGGUGAAACCAGCCGUCCGACUAGUCGUGGAGCUACAGUUAAACGAUUGGGACCACCUGAACCGAUGACAGAUUCUGACUUCUUUACAGAAAGUGAAGCUGAAGAUCAUUGUCAUCGUAAAGCUAGAGUAAUAGAUGGUACACUUUAUUCUGGUGACACUGUUAAAAGUCAACCGGAAGCAUCAAAUAACACUAUUACUGGUACUGUAGAAGAAAUGGAUUCAAGUGGAGUAUAUUCAGACUUCGACAGGAUAUGUGAAGAGCCUCCAGAACAAAACGAAAAAUGUGAAGUAAUUUCCUCCAACAAUUCAUCUGCUUCACCUUCUUCUGUCAAUAGUCAACGAGUUUGUCUAGUCGCUCCUUCUGAACGAAUAAACUCGGUGACUGUUGAUUGUACAGAAGAAGCGUCUAGUCCAGCAAGCAAGAGGUAUAAAAGACCAACCACUUUACAAAAGCCAAGAACUCUCGAUGUGAGACAGGAUCAAGAAAACAGAGCUCCUAGAACUAGAAAACCAGCUGGUCGUUGGGAUGCUGUGAUGAAUAAAAUAGAAAAAAGCAAAGUCGAUCAAAAAACUCAUGCUAAUCGUCUUAAAGACGUUAAAAGCAAAAUUAAUUCUACUAAUCCAUUGGCUACAUGCUCUAACAAAAUGAAAGAAUCGCCAACUAACACUGAACCACUGCCAAAUAUUAGAUCUCACCGGGUCAAUACGCCUCUUAAAGCAAAAAGCCGUAAAGUGAGAUCACGAGGUGGAUCGGAGUCCAAUUUACAAGUUAAUGAUGAAAAACCAAAUAUCUCAAGAUCUAGAUAUUUACCAAAGAGUUCUCAAAAUAGUUCUAGGGAUAGUUCAUUUAGUGAUCUUAGUAAUGAAACAAAAAUUGCAUUAAAACAAGCUGCUUCACAUCCCACACUUACCCAUAAAAACUUUAAUUCACGUUCAACACUUAACGCGGCCACUUCAUCAUUACGUUCUAAGCCAGCAGUUGUAGCUUCGAAAAGUUCUUUGAAAACCAAAAGAAAUGGUACUGAACAUAAUUUGACAGUCGGAAAAUCUGAAAACAAGGGAGUUGGAUCGACGGCUGUAAAUCAUUUGAAUAACGGCAAAGCAGCAACGACAACUGCUGCAGUCAAGGUACCAGUAACCACAACUGCAGUAGCUGCUAUUUCUUCUACUCAACAAAAACGCCGAGAACCGGUUGAAUCUAAGAACAAACGAGACGAUACAAGUUUGUGUUUACAACGUGCUGAAACUCGAUUAAAACAUGCCACUAACGGAUUCGAGGCUUUUGCCAUAAUCAUCGAACACCUCAUUAACAAAAUGAACAUGGAUGCAAUAUCCACAUCAAGACUAAAAGAACAAUUAGAUAUCAAUCAAAAAGAUUUGUUGUCAAUUAAAUCGUCAUUGAAAGAAACACAAGAAAAAUGUUUAAUAUAUCAAGAGGAAAUAAAAAAAUUCCAGCUUGAUAUUGAAUCGAAUCAAAAUGCAUUGAAAGAAAAAGACAAACAAAUCAAUGAAAUAUCUAAUAAAAAGAAUAAUGAAAUCGUUGAGUUGGAAAAAAGAAUUCAAAAACAAGCAAACGAUCUUCAUUUACAAUUUGAUAAAGAACUAGUUAGAUUAAAGAAUGAAUCUGAAGCAGAUAAAAUGAAAUUGAUACUAUCUCAUGAUCAGCAAAUUGUUGCUUUACAACAAAGUAGCAAACUUGAAAUAUUUCAAAUUAAUAAAUCAACUACAGAAAAAUUGUCAGAACUUACUGAAAAAAUUAAGUUGUUAGAAUGUGAAAGAAAUGAAAUGAAAUCUGAAAGAGAUCGUUUACAUGAAGAAAAUAUAAGACUUAUUGAGGCUCGAAAAAUUGAAAAUCCUAGUGUUAGUUAUCAAAAACUUUGUGAUGAAGCAGAAUCAUUAAGAACUGUUUUAGAGCUUAAAAGCUCUGAAAUGCAAGAACUUCGUAAACAAAAUGAAAAACUGCUGACAGAAAUUGAUGAUUUACCUACAUUGAUACAAAAAUUAGAUGCAGCUCAAUCUCGUGUUGAAGAUUUGAAUGUUCAAUUACAAAGAAAAAAUGAAAUUGAAAUGCAACUAUGUUUGGAAAGAGAUAAAAUGGCUCGAGAAAUUGAUUUAGAAAAACAAAAGAAAAAACGUUUAUCUUGUUAUAAUGAAGAACUUCAAUGGAAAUUAAAAAAAAGUACUGAAGUAGCUAAUCAUUUAGCUGUUACAACUAAACGUUUGAGUCAAACUCCCCAAGACAUAGCCGCUAUGAAAGAAGCUCAAAAUAAUUAUAACAAACUUUGCAAAGAAAGUUCUAAUUCAGAAAACAGUGGUGAUGAAGAAACUUUCAAUAACCAAUUUGAUAUUGAUCACUUGGAAGCACCAGCCAAAAUUAUGGGUGUCAUGAAAAAGAAUGAUUCUCUAUCAUAUGUUUUUGAAGUGGAAGAAGAACCAUCCGAAAUAGCCACUCGUAUGGUUCGCAGAGCUAGUAGUUUAAAAUCAAUGAGCAAAAAUAGUAUACAUACACGCGAGUCAAAAGGUGAAAAACGAAGUAGAGCUAGUUCGCAAUCAUUGUCCAAUACAUCAGUGGACUUAGAUUCUACUUAUACUGGAAAUCUUGAUGAUGUUUUUGGUCCCAGUAAUAGUAAUAAAUACAUGAGUGAUUGCUUUACAUUUAGUUCAGAUUCAUCAACUUCAUCACCUGAACAUAUUGGAUACGAUCAAACAAGAAUUGCUUCUUACAUUGUCAAUAAUAUUCCAGCCAAUAAAAAGACUAAAGGCAAUGGGCUGACUAUUUAAAAUUCUUUAGUACAUUUUUUAAUUUUUUAACCAGCUUUUAAUUAGUUGUGCCAAAAAGUACACUUGAAUAUUUAAUUUAAAUCAAAAUUUAAUGUAAAUUUAUUGCUUCUUAAUUGAAUUAUUUUUUAUUUAUAAAAAGUGUUAUUUUUUCUUUAGCAACAUUUAAGACUGAAUCCUUUAAUAAUAAUUUGACCAAAUCUUGGGGAAUAUAUUUAUGUAAUAAUUUUAUUUUAAUAUUUUAUUUGAUAGUUUGAAAUUUGUAAUUAUAAAAAAAAAAAGUUAUUUUAGUAGUUCUUAAAUGUUUUGCUAUACUUGUAAAAUAUUUUUUAUAAACCUUCUUGUGACAAAUUUUAGUAUUUUAAUUUGUUUAAUUGGUUAAUAGAAUUAAAAAUAAUGUGUUAUUUUUAUCUUGACCUGUAUUUGGUUGGUAAAUUUCUAAUAAUGUAUACAAUAUUUUACUUUCAUUAAAUAUGAAUAAUUUUGGAAAUAUAAAUUUAAUUUAAGAAAUGAUACAAUAUAUUUUUUAUUAUUUAACAAGAUAAAAAAAGUGUAUAGGUUCAUUUACACAGUUUUUUUCACAAUAAUUUUAUUAAAUUAUUCAAUUUAUUCUUCUUCUACUUUAAAAAAAAAAUUACUUUCAAUUUUCUAAGUACAAUCUGAAUGUAUAUAAAAGUUGCCCAAAGUGUAACACAUUUUUUUAUAAGCAUGUUUUGUUGUUUGUUUUUAACUAGUUUUAGUAUUUGUGAUACAUUUAUGAAUAUGUACAUAUGAGUUCUGUUUGGUUAUUAAUUUGUUUGAAUUCUUUAAUUGUUACAAAGUUUUAUAUUGAUAUUGUUGGACUUUUGGGUCUCGCAUGUAUAUUUGUUCAUUUUAUUGAAUAUUUUAUUUAUGUAUUUAUAUUUAUAUUGUAAACUGAAUCCUUUUAUUUUUAAAAUAGUUUGUUAAUUUAUGUACUUAUAAUUAAAAUAUAUUAAAUUAUUUGUUUGAA